AAAUAAUUAUGUAAGCUCAACCAACUUAGCCCUCUAUUACUAUCAGUGCAGGACCCAGAGAUCCAUAAUGGGUAGAUAGACUCAAAGAGGAAUAUACAGCUUUGAUCAAUUACAUAAAAAACAAUAAAAGCGAAGAUAAUGAUUGGGUUAAAUUGGAGCCAGCAAAUAAAGAAUGCACCAAGUAAUCAACAUGAAGGAUUAUAUAAUAGUUGGAAAGGGAAAUGUUGGGUUGUCCAUAAUUUGAUUCGCUAUGAAUUUGAUUUUUAAUUUGAAGUUAACAAAACACAAAUAUUUAUUAGAUUCCUCCUACAUACCCAUUAGCACCAAUUGAAAUUGAAAUCCCAUCACUAGAUGGUUUGACACCUAAAAUGUACAGAGGAGGCAAGAUCUGCAUUGAUAUUCAUUUUGCUCCUCUAUGGCAAAAAAACGCACCCAAAUUUGGGAUAGUCCAUGCUUUACAAUUAGCUGUAUAUAUAUAUGAAGUUGAUUUUUAAAUAGUUGGCACCAUGGCUGGCAGCUGAAAUUCCAGUGUUGAUUGAGGAAGGCAAGAUUAAAAAGGAUUGAUAAUGU